AUGCGACAACGAACCAUCACCUCAAGCGCAACCGCGCUCCUGCUCCUCAUCGCGUCUGUCGUCAGCGCAAAACACGGGGGAAUCCACGAACAUCUCGAAGCUCUGCACAAACGACAUCGCGCAAACCGUGAAGUUGCUGCCAGGUCGACUGUUGAGAAUGGAGAACAAGGGGUAGAGAUAAGAGGGGCCCCAGAAACCGAAACUUCGAAUGUCAGCCUCGAGAAGCGACAAGGACAAUGCGCUUUCCCGACCGACGCUGGCUUGGUCCCUGUCAACCCUGGCGGCCAGAACGGCGGGUGGGCCAUGAGCCCAGAUCAGCCAUGUACACCUGGCAGCUAUUGUCCAUACGCGUGUCCGCCUGGUCAAGUCUCGAUGCAAUGGGAUCCAAGUGCGACAUCGUACUCAUAUCCGAAGUCCAUGAAUGGUGGAUUGUAUUGCGACAGCAAUGGAAAUAUCCAAAAGCCAUUCUCCAACAAGCCAUACUGCCAGCCGACCAGCAGUAAUAUUGGUGUUCAGAACAAUGCUGGCGGUGUUGUUUCUUUCUGUCAGACUGUUCUGCCAGGCAAUGAAGCCAUGUUGAUUCCCACAUCCGUUACUAGCUAUGCAAGUCUUGCUGUGCCAGAUCCAAGCUAUUGGUGCGAAACGGCCGCACACUAUUACAUCAAUCCCCCGGGGAUCAGCACCGAUGAAGCAUGCGUAUGGGGCAGCAGCUCUAAUCCAUAUGGCAACUGGUCCCCAUACGUCGCCGGAGCCAAUGCCGACGACUCUGGCAACACGUUCAUCAAACUCGGAUGGAAUCCAAUCUACCUUGAGCCAACCACUCCUUUCCGCAACCAGAAGCCGACCUGGGGUGUUAAGAUUGAUUGUCCAAAUGGUGGGUGCAACGGUCUGCCCUGCUCGAUCGACCCAAGUCAAAAUGACGUGAAUGAAAUGAACGGCGGAUCCAGCAAAGGGGCAGGUGGUGGUGCAUUUUGCGUAGUCACUGUUUCGCGGGGUGCCACCGCCAACUUUGUGAUCUUCAACGCUGGUGAUUAUCAGAGUGACGAUAACAGCGGCAGCUCGAGUUGGGGCCACCCAGGCUCACCCGGUGCCACCAACAACAACAACAAUGGCGGCCAGUUCUUUAGUCAGACCAGCAGCUCCUCCCCGUCAAGCGAUUCUUUUUCUCAACCUACAUCUAGCCAGGCUCCAGCUACGUCGUCAGCGUCUACUUCAUCAGAAGACUCCUGGACGUCUUCAUCGGCGCGAACCACGAGCUCGUACCCCGCCGCUCUAACCAUGACUGCGCCAACCACGGCGGACUACGGUACCAGGCUGCCAUCGGAUUCCCCAUACUAUUCAUUGUUCAACCACACGACUUACGCCGUCCCUACCUUGGGAUCCAACGGAAAUCCUACCGAGGCUACAGCGGUCCCUUCUGGGCCGAGCGCUUCAUCUAUCCCUUCGAUGGCGCCUGGUACAGGGGCUGCCUCGAUGGUGAAAAACUCAGCUGUCAAUAUCCUCUCAGCUCUGAUCUUGUGCGCCAUGGCCGCAUUAUGA